AUGCAAUUGUAUUGUGUUAAAACAAAUUUGCUUACUUUUUCUAUUGCAGAAAUUGUUAGCAAUUGGAAUAAUCUAACAACAAAGGAAAAAGAUUCACAUAACUGCGAUGAUGAUAAAGGCAGCUUUACAGAUGAUGUAGAAACAAGUACGAGUUGGAAAGAAAAUGGAAGAGAGUAUGACAAAAAAGAUAAAAGGGAAAAGGGAAAAGAAAAAUUAUUCAAACUUGGAGCGAUAGUUGGUAUCUCAGUUGGAAUAGCAGGCACAAUCAUAUUGUUUUUUGUUAUACUCAUGACUUAUUGUAUAUGCAGAAUAAGAUCAAAGAAAAAGAAGAGAAAGCAACAUACAAUUCAACUGUCUGUCGAUCAAAGACUUGCAAUCGAAAAUUAUGACAGUGGUUCAUUCAGUACAGACAAGGGAGGAUACAAUGUUCUUUCUGCUAACAUACCUUUAGUUGCUGAUAAGGCACAAGGCGAGUACUUUGUUCCCGAUCCCUCCAUUACGAAAUACGAUAAAGACUUGAGCAACCGGAAAUUACCAGAAAUAAAAAAUUGCAGUGAUGCAGAUGGUGACGAUGAUAUUUACUACGAAAUUGAUGAAGAUAAAAUCAAAUCAUCGACAGAUAUGGAGCGUGUUUACCGGAAUGAAAUCAAAGAAGUCACGGAUAAAGGUUCUUAUCAUAGUGACCAGACAGGAUAUGAAAUCCCAUUAGGAUCAAUAAACAAGAGGAGCGAACAACAGUCUAUCGACCAAAGAAGUGAGAUUGCAAGUCUUGAAAUUAGUCCUUUCAGUACAGAUAAUGAAGCAAACACUGUUCUUUUUGUGGACAAAUUUUUUGAUGCUGACGAGGCACAAGGCGAGUACUUUGUUCUCGAUCCCGCCAUCUCGAAAUAUGAUAAAGACAUGAUCUGCCUACCAGAGAUCAAAAGGUUCAGUGUUGCACAGGGUGACGAGAGAGUUUAUAAUGAAAUUGAUGAAGAUAAAAUCACCCAUCCAACAGAUACGGAGGGCGUUCGCCAGAAGAAAAUAGAAGAAGCUAGUAGUAAGGAUAAAUGGUGUUGCAAUGGUGACGAGAACAUAUAUGAAACCCCAGUAUCAAAGAAAAAUAAGAGAGAACAACUAACAAGACCACACUCUGUUGACCAAGGAACUGAGAUUUCACAUCUUGAAAAUUGUCCAUCCAGUACAAACAAGGGAGACAACGCUAUUAUUUCUGCGAACGAAUUUUUAAAUACUGACGAGGCGGAAUGCGAGUACUUUGUUCUUGACCCCUCCGUUACGAAAUAUAAUAAAGACCUGAGCAGCCUGGUCUUACCAAUUGUAAAAAGGUUCAGUGUUUCAAAAGGUGACGAGAGCGUUUACACUGAAAUUGGUGAGGAUAAAAUUUAAUCCUCAUCAGAUAUGAAUAAAGAUUACGGGAAGCAAAUAGGAGAAAUUAGGGAUAUAGUUAUUUGCCAUAGUGAUCAGACUAACAAUGUUAUCUAAUUAGUUUUUACCAUCUUACCAUGCAACAUCAGAAACAGUCAAUGAAAUUUCUAAAGCAUAAAAAUAUUGACACAAAUGUAUAUGAGUGUUGAUAUAUAUAAUGUAAAAUUGUUUACUUAAUUGUAUGUCUAUAUUAAGUCUUAGAUAUCUUAUUAUUGUUUGCUAU